GAGUGCAGCCAGCAUUUCCCUGGCAGAGUACCGGGCCCAUGCAGAGAUGCCUGGUGGAUUUCUCUACAUUGGGACGCUUGGUGGCGACGAGUUCCAGCGUCCAAACCUGGGGGCAGUGGUGAUCCGCAAGCUGCUGCUGGACACCGUUUUGAAGGGAAGAUGGACGGUUGCAGUAGUGAGACGCUUCGCACUGGUCUUACCGGCAGGGCUUGGCAAGAUUCCAUUGCUCUUUCAUUUUCUGCAGGCACAGGGUGCUCGAGGCCACGGCGUUGUUUUGUUUGCAGUUCCCAGCUUCUUGGACCAUGAGAUGAAGUCGCCAAAAGAGGUACCGAGGGCCCAGAUUCGCGAUUUGUUGGCAAAAGGUGCUUCCAUCGAAGCUUCCUGUGCAAUCCAUUGCUGCGUCUACAACGGGGAUCUGGAGCGGCUGGAGAUACUCCUGCGCUUGACGCCUUCUCCCGAAGAGGCCGUAGACCAACCAGAUGGAUCCGGGCUGGUGCCGCUGAUGCUGGCUGCCAAGGGCGUCUCUGCGGUGGACGCCGAGGGGUGUACCACGCUGGGGCAUCUUUGGCAGAAGCUACGAGACCUUGAAGAUUUUGAGGGGUGCUUCGGCUUGGAGAUGGGCGAAUGCGACAAGUCUGAUUUGGAAAAGUUUCUGAUGCCCCCAUCUGGGCCCACGACUUUGGAUAGACAAGUGAUCGAUGCGUCAUCAGAUGAGGAGAACGUUAUGGAUUGGGAUGGAGGCGAGGAGGAAGACUUUGAAGAUGAUGAUGAGGCUGCGAAGAAGAUCUCCUUCAGGGAAGCCGGACAACAGAAGCUCCAAGCAGGAAUCAACGCCGUGACAAACGCGGUGAAGGUGACCCUGGGACCAAAGGGCCGAAACGUGGUGCUCCAGAGAGAGUCGUUCCAGGUUCCUCAGAUCGUCAACGAUGGGGUCACCAUUGCUCGUGCAAUCUCACUGCAGGACAAGGAGAUGAACCUCGGCGCAAAGCUCCUUACGCAGGCUUCUGCGAAGUCUGAGUCCAACGCGGGGGAUGGCACGACCAGCGCUGCCGUUCUCACCCAGGAGAUGGUCAACGAGGGCAUGCAGCUCGUGAGCAGUGGGUACAACCCAGUCCUCAUGCAGAAGGGCAUGAAG